UGAAGAUGAAAAAAAAUCAUGGAAUAGGACUGCCCUCAAGAAUGCCUGCAAUAAAAGAUUUAGUAAUGUUGCUCCAGGAUCAGCGGUUCCCGAACUUUUUAGAGUUGGGACCCAUUAUUUUUUACCACAGCUUAUGGCGACCCAUUUAACUUUAAUAAAUUAAUAAAACAUUGAUGAAGGAAACAAAUUUAUUUUCUCAAAUUGAAUUUUCAGUGAAGCUAGUGGGAAAGAUGAGCUUGUUUCUUGUUAUUUUCCAUAAUAGACGUGACAUUUAUUUCAAUUUCAGAUAGUUUUAGACGUGAAAAAUUGAAAGUUGCAGUUUAUUUCAAAAUUUGCUUUUAAAUUUGCUUUGCCACCGAUCCUAAUAACCAAUAUAAUUAAUCAAAGCUUUCUACAUCUUUUCACGACCCACUGUGAUUCCUCUUGCGACCCACCAGUGGGUCGCGACUCAUAGUUUGGGAACCGCUGUCCUUGAUUGUUUCAUGAACAUCUGUACACUUUGCAAAUAAAGAAUAAUUAUUUAUUUGAUCACAUAUGAACUCUAUUAUGUAUAUAAUCUUGUAUACAUAUGUACAGUAUUCAGCUGUAAAAUUUGGCUUGAGAAAUUGAUUUUUUUACGCUCACUUGCACAAAUAAUAUUAUAUGAACUUAAUAUUUUCUACAUGGCAGCUGAUAAUAUAAUUAGUGUACUUAUGCGUGAAUAAAAAUGCUCAUUUCAUUCCAUAAAAUUAGUUCAAUUUGCUGUUUCAAUGUAGAAAAAAAAUAUCAAUCUUUCAAUAACAUUUUUAUCAAGCUAAAUUAUUUUGAGAUAUAAAACUUUGGGCAAAUGAUUAGAGAAACCAUGUGAAGUGGAAUUCAUGGUAUUUCACUAUAAUACUAAAAAUUGAAUUUACAUUUCACAUCUUCAUUGUUCUCUUACUGUCAUUAAUCAUAUUAGAUCAGUGGUUUUCAAACUUUCUAAGCUGCCCUUUCUUAAAUUUACUAAGGUUCGCGAACUAGCAAACAAUAAGCUACAAAUGACAGAUAGUAAGGCAAAAGUAUGUUUUAUUCAAAAAAAAAAACUCUGAAAAUACAUGUAUGGAACAUAAAUAUUCAAAAUAAAAGAAAUGUAACUAUCCAAAGUCCCCCUUUUAAAAACUGUCCAAGACCCCCCUCCCCCCUUUGGGAGGCGUGUCCCACUGUUUGAGAACCACUGUUCUAAGAAUCUAGAUCAUCGAACCAAAAAAUUAUGAAAAGUAAUAUGGACAUAAUUAUUCAUGAAUACAUUUUAAGGCAUGUAUAUAGACAAGCCGUACUUUUUUCAUCUAGAUCACAAGUAGCUUGAAAUGCCUUAUUAUCAAUGACAGAAAAAUCUUAUUUACUAAAGUGCUUUAUAGUGGUUUCUUGCAACUUUUCAGUCAAUACCUUUUCCAUUUUUAAUGAAGGUCUAGGGACCUGGUUUAGUUGUCUAGAAACAUUUUUUGAUGAAUCGGUGAUAUCUUAUGAACUCUAAAAAGGACUAAAAAAUCCAAAAUACUACAGAUAAUAUUCAAAUUUGCUUGCUUACUAACUAUUAUUAUGUCAUUCUUAUGAUAUUAUGUAUAAAUAGUAUGACAGCUUUUCAUACAUAUAAGAAAUUAUACUUCGUUGUUUUCUGUUAUUGUCAUGUUUCAUUGUAAUUUUGUUCCUUGUUAUUCACCGCUACUGUUUAAUUGUAUCAAUGUUUUUGCCUUGUAUUUAUUAACAAAGCACAAAAUUAACAAAUUUCAACUUGGCCCGAUAUUACAUGAGAACUUGUCAUUGCUUUAUAAUAAGAAAUAUGGAUGUAGCUUGCUGCACAUAUAUAUAUAUAAAACUAGCUGAUUUACGUUGUUCAAAAAUCAUCACCUAUAUUGUUUCCUUUAGUACUUCGAAAAAGAGGGCUCAAAUUGACUUGUGAUAAGUUAUUAUAAAAUUCAAUUUUUGUUACUGGUAUCUGCAGUAUGGGUCAUGAAGCAUUCCAAUUUUUUUCAGUCUUAUCACAUAAAAGUGAAGCUUCUAUGAGUUCAAAACAAAAAGUUAUUAAGUUCAAAAUUUGGUGUUCUAUAUUAUCAUUACUGUUUUCUGGUCUAAAGUAAAUGGCACAAUAUACAGGCAUUAUUUGUAUUUUAUUUUAAUGUGAAUGAUAUUCAACAUUACUUUCAAGGAAUGAAUUUAUUAUCAUAGUUGAAUUUUGAUGACUGGAAUUCAUUCUGUUUAGUUUGAUUAUAUUGUAUCACUUCAUCCAAAAUUUUCAUUAAUAAGUAUAUUAUUGUAUUUUAAUAAGCACACAGUUCUCCAAUUUUGAUGACUAAUUUAAGAGAAUAUGUAUUUAUCAAUCCUUGCAUGUAGCAUACUACCUGAAAUAAUCAUUCUGAAGCUUUUGUUUUUCUUCAAUUUUUUUGUCAAUACUUAGUCAUAUUAUUCAAAACAUGAACAUUACUCAUUUAUACUCUUUUUGUUUAUUGUGAUAUGCCACAGGAGUUUUUGUAUCUGGGUUAUGUAGAGGAAACCUACCUUCCCUUCCCUAUGCCUGUAAAUGCAUUUUCAUUUUGUGCAAAGCUGCUGUGUAACUUACUGUAAUUCCCACUAAAGAUAUAACCCAGUGAAGUGGUAUUUUCUUACAGUAUAACGCUAAUUCAAAAUUCUUAAUUUCUUGUAUCUCGACCCAUUUUAAUACUGCUGUGCUAUCAAUAAAUCAUUGGAGCAUAAUUGGCAGCAGUGACUUAUAUGGUUCAUUCAUUCCCAGUUUAAGCCACACCCAAUUUUUCCUAAUAAUUUCUUCGACCACAAAAUUUGGUACUUUAUCAGUGAAUUUGUACUAUUUUGUAUUUUUCACUGUUUUUAUUUGCAUGUUGUCGAUUAGAAUUACAGUAGUUCGAAUAUAUAGAUAGCGCACAAUUUUGUUCGAUCUUGAAGAGAAUUUUGAUAGAGUAUUGAUGAAUUCUGUAUUUAUUCCUCCUGGAAAGAAUCCAUUCCAACUUCCGCCUCUCCCACAAAGUCAUUACAUACCAUCACCGUCCAAAGAUAUUCAAGAUAAGAAUAUAACUCUGACACCACAGAAAGUUAUUCGCCGACACGAAUACUCCUUACCUCCUGAAGUCUAUACUCCUGAGCAAUAUUCUAUACAUGAAGAAGAUUCUACGAGCACAAAACCUUCUAUACCUAGUUACGAGAAAGAUUCAGUUGCAAGAGAUCUUGAAAGAUAUUUGAACGAUGUAGAAAGCUGGACUUCUUCAAAGUUUGUUGAACAGUGGCCAUCGAAGGAUAGUGUUGGAUUAGACGAAGUGAAUUUCAAUAAUUCCUCCCAUUUAGAAAUAUCUGCUCUUCAACUAAGCAACACUUCUAACAUGCCAAGUAAACCUGGCCCACUCACAUCAACAGCAAGGACAGCUAAAGACAACUCAUCUUAUGGUCGCGAUCCAAAACCACUGAGAAUAAAAACUUCAUUUGCUACUGAUAGAGAUCUAUCAGCUGAAUCUCAAAGAUCAUCAAAUAUAGCAAUGCGACUCAAUCGUUUUCGUUAUGGUGACCCAAAGCCACCAUCAGAAAGGAAAUCCAAGCUUCCAACUCCUUCAACAUUAAACAGAACAAAACAAUCUACUGCAGCAUCAAGAAAUGAACCAAGUCGUGAAAGAAAUGUAACGAGUCGCCCGAAGUCUACCUCAAUGCGUUUAAAUGAUCUUCAAAAUGAAACUACUUCAAAAGAUGUCUCUCAUAUUUCAAGAAAUACAUCUGGAAUUACUGGGAAAACUCCUGCUUCACCUAAACCAGAGAAAACGAUUUUAAAACUUCCAGAAACGGAAUCUCCUGUCAAGCCUGGAUCUCCGGAACCAGGAAACACUAGUAUUUCAACUUUGAACUCAAGAUUAGAGAAGCUGUUACAAGAAAGCUCAUCAGUGAUUUCCUCUCCAUCACCUCAGUCCUCACUCAAAUCAACAACUAAUAAAUCAUCAAGUUUUGAUAUCAAAGUCUCUUCGUUUGAUACAACUCAAGCUUCUGAGGAAAAUGGCAGACCGAGGAUGUCAAAUCCCCUUCCUGCCAACAUUUCAAAAAGGUUUCAAGAGAUGGAGAUACCAAGAAAAAUGCAGUGGCAGAAAGAGAACUUCCCACCGUCUCUAUCAAAGCCUCACGCAUCACCAACGAAAGCUAGACAAGAAAAUGACAUUUUAUUUCAAUGGAGACUGAAAAGAAAACUGGAAAAUGCAAGAGAUAGUGUUGCUAAGAAUCAAGGUCCACCACCUCAACGUGCAACUCCACGAAGACAAUUUUACAGAAACGAAGCAGAAAAACCCUUUUCUACUCAAUCUCACAUAUAUCAGCACCAACCUAACAUUUGUGGUGGCCACCAACAUUCUACGUUUAUACCAGAUUGCUCACAAUACCAACAUCAACCGACCUGCAAUUGUCAACAGAAUCAACCACCCUGUGAUGGACCCAGAAACGUUCCAGCAAGCCAAGAGAUUACAGACCAACCCGAUAUAGAAUCCAGGCCAUGUCAAAUUGGGUCCAAAUCACCUGAAGAAUUCUCAAAAGUUUUAAAAAGUGUUGCUGUUGGUUCCUCUCCCAUGAUAUCAGCUGAAACACAAACAACGAAGAGCCUGAUUUUUUCUGAUGAGGAAGUUGUGUCUGAAGGAUUUGAUAAAGAUAAACAAAAAGAAGAUGCUGUGAAACGUUCAGCUUCUCUGAGUUCAUUCCCACACACAAGCACUCCCGCAUCAAGCGUGUCAUUUCACAGAGUUAAAAUCAUUGAAGCUGAUGUUGGAAAUUCUCCACAAACAAGUAAAGGAUCCCCACAGGCUCGUGUUAUAUCACCUGUCAGUUGUAGGACUGAAGCAACAACAGUAUGGAGCAGUACUAUGGAACGAACUAAUAAGAAGAAUGCAGAGGAUGGGAAAUCAACCGUGUCAAGUGUGAAAACAUCAGAACCUCGGUAUACAAGUGAUUCAGAAAGUUGUUCUCCCACUGCUAAUGUUAUAAGACAGGUAAUUGGAUCCAGGUUAUUCAAUGAAACACAUACUCCAACAUCAUCUUCAAGUCGAAUCGAGAAAUUAAAAAGAGAAAAGAAAACAAAAAGCGCAAAACAUAUUGAACAACUUGACGGAUCAUACAGGGAAACUCGAGAUGAAGAAGCUGUUCAACCAGAAAGAUCUGAAACACUCAUAAAUUCUGGCACUCCCAGUCAUAGUCAUUCAAGCAUAUCAGGCAGCAGCCAACAAAACAAAUCUGAACUUGGGAAUUCUGAACCUAAUAACAAAGAUAAAACAGAACAAUCUUAUGCCUCAUUCGUCACUGAUGAUAAAGAUGUGGAGGAUUCAAGUUCGAAAGAAUCAGAGACUGGACUGGAGGAAGAGAAUCAAGAUGAAUUUGACCCAGGAAGGAUGUUCGAACAAUUACUAAAAGAUCUUUCUAAUGAUCCUGGUGAUUUUAAAGAUGAUCCUGUACUGAUGACAUUGCGUAAUCAACGUGAUCAAUUCAUGCAAGAAUUUAGGAAUAUUGAAGCAGAAAUAGAAAGGACGGCACGCCAAGAAAGUGGUCAGAACAAAAAUUAAUUCAUCAGUUUGGUAUCAUUACCUCAAGAAAAUGUUCACUGUUGGCAUUAAUAUAUUAUACAUAAUAGUAUACAAGACUUGUUUUGGAUUUCAAAAAAAUGUAAAUUCAACUAAUUUGUAUGUUUUUUGAAAAAUUUUAAAGCUUCUUUCAACUGUGACUCAUCAUUUUUUCUCAUAAAUAGCUGUUGCAUAAAACCAAAUAAUACUUUUGUUCUUUUUCAAAUACGGUUAGACUCAACUGCAGUGGUUUACAAAAUUUGCAGGCCAGGAGAGGCGAACGCCCACAAGAGCCAGUACGUAUAGUUAAGAUGCUUGGAUAAUUGAAUUGUUACGAAUAUACACACGCUUAAAUUGGUAUUAUGACAUAACAAUUGACGGCAUAUAAACCACAAAAGAAAAAAAAAACUAUUUCUCCCGAAGUUUGGCUGGGCUGUACAUUAAAUGGUUUCGUGGUUUGUAAUUGGCCCACGGGCUGAGGUUUGGGAACCACUGGACUAAAGAUUGAUAGAUUGUAUAAUAAUAAUAUUAUCUUUUAUUCGAAUAUAGGCUUUCGCGUGUAUUUUUUUGAAAAUCUGUAUCAUGUAGAAAUGUUCAUUUGAGUAGAUGUUUUAAAUAUUUUGACAUGAGUUGGUUGCCUUUUUAUCAACAAAUAUUUGUGUGAAGUCACAAAAAUUCACUCAGAGGUUGCAAGCAAGUACUGCACCUCAAGCUUGAAGUGUAUAUUAUUAGAUAUUGAGAUUGUAAUAUUCACAUCCCUUACUUGGCGCUCCAGAAGUGUGUGUAAUAAUAUGAUGGUAACUAAUUUUUUCGCCUACUUUAAAUCAAGUUGUGUAAAGGGACUGAAAACCUAUGGGUAGGGGUAUAAACACUUGGCUAGAACUAAAACAAGGAAAAUCUGAAUAAAAUUAUGGCAUAACCCUAUCCUGGUACACAUACCACGGGUGUACCCUUUACUCUAUGUUCUAUUCAUAAAAACUUUCAUUAUCUGUCACUAUACUCCAGCUAACAAAGUAAAGCUUCAAGAACAAGAAGAUUGCAAUUACCUGAAUACUUGAUAAAUUCUACUUUUAUUUACUUUUUCUUACUGUAGUUGCUGCUAAUAGAGGAAUCAAAAUAGUUUGUGUUGAACAUUAGAAACUGUGUAGAAAUAUAUUUUUAUAUCAUUUGUACUGAAUAUAUAUAUAUAUCUUUAUAUAAAAUUAUGCUGCAGUGCUAUCUUGUAAUAAAAAGUGAAAUUCAGGUA